AUGGAGCCCGUCGGCACACCUAUCGAGGACGCCGUCAGACCUGGCAUUGGGACGAGUAACACCCGUACUCCCCUACCUUUGGACUCCAGUUCCACCUUCAAUACUCCCGAUAUUGGAAAGCUAUCUCCCUCACAAGCACCAGGUCAUCCGUCGCUGACUGCCCAGAGCAGCAGCCAGGUCACAGUCAAUGACUUUGGGGAUUCCAAGGAGCUUAGCGAACAUCGACCGCCCAACAAUGCCGCUGAAGACGACCGAAAAUUUGAUGGUGUUCUGGAGAAAUGCGAUGAUUCCGGGAGCCCUAGUGCCAUCGACCAUGAUCCCCCGAGUCGUGACGAAAUCGUGUCCCACGCAGGAGGCCACUUCCCAGACAGUCUCUCCCGACACCAAGCACUGAAGGAACAAGACCUCCGAGACAGAAGCGCCAAUGCAUCACAUCCUGACACAAUAAGAGAGCCUGCAGUCCAUGAAGAGGCUUUGGAGGAAGCUCUUAGAGCUGCGUUGUGCAACUGUCCCAAUUCCAAGGAUGGGUUCGUCCCGUUUGACGCCUUGAACCGUCUCAUCACCAAAAGCCACGUUCUAUCAGAACUAUCAACCACUCUACCUGGUGUUGGGAGAAAGGUUAUCGAGGAAUAUUCCCAGGCAGUUCUAGCUCGCAAGGUAAUUCCUCCUCCUGGACCAACUGUGAUCCCGACCUCGUCUCCAACGUUCACUACCCGGCGGAAGAUCUUCGCUAUCCUCGUCCUCCUCGGAAAGGUACCUGCCAUCGUCGAUUUUAUCAGAGAGGAUCUCUAUGACAACAUCCUUCCGUUAAAGAUAAUCGAUAAUCACAAACAAGGAAGACCCUUUCUGUAUUACCGACCUGUCAAAGAUGGUGACCUGAGGCCCCUCGAAUUUGCUAUACCCUGGAGAGCUGCCGACCGCGAGCAGUUCGAGCAGUACCAGUGGCGUUUCCUGGCCCCCUACUUCGAUGUGUGCAACGAAAAAGGGAAGAACAAAGUCCACCACUACGAUUUACCGGAUGGAACCGUACUCCCCUUUAUGAAAAAGGACCAGUAUCUCAGAGGCGGCUACAGCGAUGUUUGGCGGGUGAUCAUACACCCUGCCCACCAUAACCAUCCUCAACAGAACAGCCCGUCUUUUGCGAUGAAGCGGCUGCGAGAUGGCACCGAUUUCAAAGUGUUCAAAGCCGAAGCUUCAAACCUCAAACGAUUUAAUAGCCAAGGCUUUCCUCACCUGAUCAAACUUUACUUGACCUUUCGCCUCCAAGGACACUAUUACCUCCUCUUCCCAUGGGCAGAUGGCAAUCUACUACAGUUCAUGAAGACCACAUUCCCCGACCCGAGAAUACCUUGCCGCACUCGCGAAUUGGCGAUCUGGUUCAUGGGAGAGUGCUGCGGUGCAGCAGAAGCAUUGAGGAUGAUUCACACCUUUCCCACGAGUGAGCAACCAUCGGUGGUGUCUGCGCCGCAGGCAAAACAUGGUUACCACGGGGAUCUGAAGCCAGAAAACAUCCUAUUCUUCCUAGACCACGAGGGAAGAGAGGACUUGAAUGGGUUGAAGAUGGCAGUCCUGAAAAUUGGUGACUUCGGCUUGAUGCAGUGGCACAACUCAAGUUCGGUGGAAAAAGUUCAGGCCAACGCUGUUUCGCGAACAUACAGGGCUCCAGAAUGGGACAUUGGAAAAAAAGUGGUUUCCCAGAGCCACGAUAUCUGGGCUUUGGGGUGCGUUCUUCUCGAGUUUUGUGCUUGGUACCUGGGAGGUUGGGAAGAGGUUGAUCAAUUCUCCCAGAGGCGCGCUGGUGGAGACUCUGGUGAUAACGGUUGGGACGACUUUAUCCGAGAGGAUGCUUUUUUUGACUACGCCAAGCUACCGACAAGCGGCCCAGAUGAUCCAGAUAUCUGCGUUAGAGCCAAGCAAGCGGUCUAUGAGGAGUUUGCCUCGCUUCUAAAUCUGAGCAACUGUACCGACUUCAUGACCAAGAUGCUCAUUUUUAUCAGAGAGCACCUCUUGAGGAUAAAUUCCAGGAACAGGGCAGAUUGCGACUACAUCUGCACCGAGCUGAAAAAGAUUCACCAAGAAUGUAUUGCAGAUGCAGCUUUCUGCACUGAGCGUCUCAACGUCGGGACAAUUCGUGUGGGAACGGAUCUCUCGGAGACGUACGCUCUCAACCCAUCAGCGGUGCAGAAGGAUCAUAUCCAGCGGCAGAACCCGUUGCUUAAUCACACGGGUCCAGUCAAUGCGGGUAACGUGGAACCUCUUAAUCACGACUCCGAAAGCCCAGGGCCCAGCCGUUCUUCCCGGGAAGCAAGACAAUCCAUCUCCUUCCCAGAAAAGGAGUACAACAUAGUUGGCAAGCUCAUGGAGAGUAAGCACGACAAAGGAGAAAAUAUCACUUUGGUAGUGGAGCAGUCUGGCGCACAGUUACUGUCCGAGGAUCAUGUAGUAUCCCCCGACAACCAGGACCAACAACCGCGAGAUACUACGAUCGAGAACGGAAAUAAUCGGAACUCCCAUUUGGUGGCAUCCCAGCCGACAUCACCCUGUGAAGCCAUCGCUGAGGAUGAGCUUGAAGAGGGGAUGCAAAGCCAGAAACAGACAGGGGAGAUUGAGCCGCAAGUCAAUCAGGCUCCUUCCAAUGCCAAUUGUCCCAAUGCCGCUUCUUCCCUGAAUGUCCCACAAGGCGCUCCGAGCCAUCAUUCAGGGGCGUCAGUUAAGAGUGGGAAAGGGUCUCGUGGAGCAUCGUCCAUCACCGCUACGAAUCGUAGUCAGGAAAACGGAAGCUUUGACCCCGGCCCCAGUCCAGCACCUCCCGGCGACUCCGAGGGGCCACAGCUGAAGCGGUCCUUCCGGUCCUUUCUAAGACGUCUCUUCUGCUUUUCGUCCGAGGUUUGA